AUGGAUCACUACCUCACCACGUACAGGAAGGACUAUCUGUGGCCCAAUUUGCCGAAAAUACCAGGGUCGCAGAAGUUGGGCGGUGGUGUUGCUGAAAUACCCAAGCUUUCUGGUGAAGAGAUAGCGUUCUACCAGGCAUGUAUGCAGCACACCCGCCCGUACGACUGCAGAUGUCCCCAGUUAUCAGGUGGUGAAAUGCCUCAACUACCACCAGGAAAAGAAGGAGGAUGGAGCAGAAAUGAGAUAAUGGGGCCGCUGUUAGAUCCGAAACUAUAUCCAGCCCGAGUUGCUGCCAGUCCUGAAACUCCUACAUCACGCUACAAUCAACCCAAUGCGUUUCUAGAUAAGUUGCAAUCGAAAUAUCCAAUGCUGUACAGCAUUCUGCAGAAUGAAGCGUCGCCAGAACUGAAGCAGCGAAUCGACAGGGACAGGAAUAAGACUACGUAUCAAGUUGACUUUUGCGAGAGCGGUCCCGGUGCAAAGUUUGAGGGUCUGCAGCGGGCGGCAGAUGACAGCGGCGUGGGUCCGUGCGCGCAGCCCAUGCGUCUGCCCGGCGACCCGUGCCGCGUGGCGCCUCUCCACCGGAUGACCACGCCCCGGACCAUAUCCAAGCAGUCCUCCGGUACUGUUAGUGAUCCGAGACCUAAAUGCGAAACAACCUCAGUCGUUCCACCACUUGGCAAAACAGAAUAUCAAGAUGGCGUCUCAAAACUUGGAGGUAUCAUUAUGCGUGACAAAUUGCACCGAAGAUGA